UACUUUGCUCACUUUGGGCCAGGGAGAGGGUGGCUUCAGGUUUCCCGCGGAGGGAGGAAAGUAAGGAAAGAAGGGGGCUCUCCAAUCAAUAUCCUCUCACCCCACUUCUGAUUUGGCCUAUAGAGGGGGGAGAAGUUAUCGAAAUAGCAUCCGCACCGUUUAAAAAUAUAUAUCGAAUAUACCACAUCAGCGCUUUGUGAAAAAGAAACUCCCUAAAAAUAUCUGGAAAGAAAAAGAAGCCACCAAACCACCUUUCCUGGUGCUGAAGGAAAAAAGGAAAAAGGAAAAAAAAAAUACCUAUGGAAAGUCCACAAACAGGACAUGAGGGCGGUCUUCUUCUCAUUGGUUCACAGCAGCUGAUAAUCAGAGGAUUGUUUGGAGCUAAAAUCCAUUUAUGGUUGCAUCCUUUGUCUAUUUUUAAUAUACUGCCCUAAUUUGCUUGCUGUAAAGGGAGUAUGCAUCUAGAGAUCAAAGUUGCUCUGAACUUCAUCAUCUCAUAUUUGUACAACAAGCUUCCACGGAGGCGAGCUGACCUGUUUGGUGAAGAGCUAGAGAGGCUGCUAAAGAAGAAAUAUGAAGGUCACUGGUAUCCAGAGAAACCUUUGAAAGGUUCUGGUUACCGUUGUGUUCAUAUUGGAGAAACUGUAGACCCAGUAGUGGAAAUGGCAGCCAAACGGAGUGGACUUGCUGUAGAGGAUGUGCGAGCCAAUGUUCCUGAAGAACUUAGUGUUUGGAUUGAUCCUUUUGAGGUUUCUUACCAAAUUGGUGAGAAAGGGUCAGUCAAGGUCCUCUAUCUGGAUGACAGUGAGGGCUGCAGUGCAGCUGAGUUAGACAAGGAGAUCAAGAGCAGUUUCAAUCCUGAUGCACAGGUGUUUGUACCUAUUGGAAGCCAGGACAAUUCCUUGUCUAAUUCUCCAUCACCAUCUUUUGGUCAAUCACCUAGCCCUACAUUCAUCCCAAGAUCUGCUCAGCCAAUUACUUUUACCACUGCUACAUUUGCUGCCACAAAGUUUGGCUCAACUAAAAUGAAGAAAGGCGGAGGAGCUGGAGCAAGCACCAAUGGUACAGUGGUUCCACAGCAGCCACAACGUUUGGUCCGUUCACCCACCAAUAGCCUGCUGAAGCACAAAGGCCUUUCCCUGUCUAUGCAUUCUCUGAACUUCAUCGGGGGCAGCCCAGCCCCUCAGUCUCAACUCUCCCCCAAUGCCAAGGAGUUUGUUUACAAUGGUGGAUCACCAGGAGCCAGCAGCCUCUUCUUCGAUAACGUAGCCACUGAAACCCAGGCUGGUGGCAUUCCUCCUGAAUCACAGUUCAGUGCCAGUAGUGGCAGCAGCUUUGACAUGGCUCAGGUUUUUGGUGGAAGCACCAACAGCCUUUUCCUGGAGAAGACACCCUUUGUGGAAGGACUCAGCUACAAUCUGAAUGCCAUGCAGUAUCCCAAUCAGUCGUUCCAGCCAGUGGUUUUGGCCAAUUGACCAUCAUAUGAGUAUUCUGGGGAAAACCACUUCCAAAAAAAAAAAACCUGAGAGAAAAAUAAUUAAGAAAUAUUUGAAAUCUUAUAAAUAUAACUUCUUGGAAAGAGAUGAAACUUCUUGUGUCAUGCCAGGGAGCGCUGCUGAAGCACUGAUUCUUUUUAAAACUUGUAUUCUGUGCUUUUUCCUACCUAUUGUUGUAUGUUUAAUGAAAGAGGCUAUCCUUCUUGGCCCAGCAGUGGUUGGAACCAGAGUUACUUUAUUUAAUCUCCCAUGCUGCUCAUUGGAACUGGUCUUCAAAUAUGCUUGCUGUAAGGAUGGCCUUGUUCAGAUGCUGUCAUGUUCUUCAUACCCAGAUGUCUUGAAUUUUCUCAGUUUUUCAGGUGGCCUAGGAUAGGGAUGGGAAAUGAUUAGAUACCUCUGGAUGUGUAACAUCUCAGGCACUUCCUGGAGAGACUUGUGGUUUGUUUUCAUAUAUAUAUGAGCAGCAUAGAUGGUGGGAUAAAUUAGUUAAAUUUCUUAGAACGCUCAGAUUUUAUAAUCCUAGAACAGAAAACAAAGUUUAUCGUAUGCUAACUGGUGAUGACAGGGUCUUGCAGUGAAAAUAUUAUUUCCCUGGAAAUUCCUCUAUCUAGAGGAUAAUGUGACAUCUGGGACAGUAUUUUGCCUCAUGCUUCCUACAAGCCUCUUUUCUUCUCUAGUCUUCUUAAAAGCUAGAUUGUGGUGGAUUUUAGGGAAGCUGGUCCCGUUUGCUAAUAAUAUGACAAAUAAAUAGAGCUCUAUAUGAAAAUUCUUCUGACCUGUGAAAAAGAAUUAUCCUUGUAUAUUGCACUCAUUCAAGAGUAAGGGUGAAUGUUGGUUUUUUUGGUGUUUUGUGCCUGAGCAACAUCUGUUGAUGUUUCUCUGGAUUAAUCAGUUGGAAACUUUGCCAGGUUCUAAGCUCUUCUGAUUGGUAGCUGAUCAUUUGAUUACUAGUUCUCAUAGAAAAGAUGGUUCUCCUACUUUCAAAUAUUAUAAGCACUACUUUUGACAGGGAUGAAGGAGUUAUUGUAUAGGCUGUUCUCUGAAUGGAUGGUAAGAGGGUUUGCACUUUGAAUUUCACAUCUCCUAGGACUUUUGACCAAAAAUGUUACAUUUUUCAUUUGAAAGGAAUCAGGUAUUCUUGUAUAGAAGAGCGCCUCAUAUACCUGUUCCAGCUUGAAGUUGUUCCAUCUCAAAGCUCUGCAUCAGGGAUGAAGUGGGCUUGCCAUAGAAUAUCCAAGUGAUUUGAAUGUGAAGAAAGUGUUCACUGAUAGAAAUAUAGAGUCUGUCCUUCCUUAUUAUUGUUGGUGAGCUAGCAAUCCCAAUUGUAUUCCGUAUUUCUCCUUGUCAGCAGGAGAGGAUGCCAGGAAGAAAUAGACAAUAGUGGCCUUCUAAUUUUGAGUUUUUUUGCAAACCAAUUGACAGAAUUUGCCUUAGAUAGGAAACCUUCCCCAUCUAUGCCUUAUGGAAUGAUUAUGAGCCCCAGAAUUUACCUAGCCAUGGUAACGUAAGCAAUCUUUUUAAUGAGUUAAAUGAGUGAGCAGUGAAGAUAGGAAGAGGAAACUGACUGGUAUCCUAUUUAGGCAGUUUUACAUCCUCCACUUUAUGCUCUCUUCUAUAGCUCAGUUUGGUUGUAUUAAAUCUUGCUUCUUCUGCAACUUCUCUGGCAAAGUCUUGUCAAAUAGAUAAGCUAAAAUAUGUUUUUCUAGAGCCUGACCUUUUAAGUUUCCCU